AUGUCUUCCUCUGCAGACGGCUCGGCUCCCCCGACUCCCUCUCCCUUCAAUUACAUUCUCUCUUUCCUGCUUGUUGGCAUCUGCUGGGGCUUCACGACACCCUUCAUCCGCAAAGCCGCCGUCAACUACACAGCUCCAUCCCAUCCCUCGAUCACCGACUCCAGCCGAUCGUGGAUCUCGCGACAGGUUGCGAAGGCCUUCUUCACCGUCGUGGGACUCUUGAAAACGCCUACAUACGCCGUUCCGUUGCUUCUAAAUCUGACAGGCAGUAUCUGGUUCUUCUUGUUGGUUGGGCAAGCCGAAUUGUCUCUUACAGUGCCCAUCACCAAUUCUCUGGCAUUUCUCUUCACGGUGUUGGGCGAAUGGUACGCCGAGGGCAAACUCAUUUCGAGAGAUACCUGGCUAGGCAUGAUAUUGGUAUGUGGUGGCAUCGGGCUCUGCGUUUGGUCGAAGGCCUGA